UAUAAUUAACGCAAUAUCUGCGACGAUAUUAUGUUAAAAAAAUUAAGGUGAAUAAAUCUAGGAAAUGACAAUAGGUUUGGUUUCCUUAAUUGCUACGACAUCCGCCGUAGGAGUCGGUUUGAUACCACUUGUGGCAAUCGGACUAUCGUUAUACAGAUACGAUGAAAUGGAUCCUGAAUCUCCUCCGAAAAAUACUCGCGAGUUAAAUCGAAUGUACGACUUCAUCAUUGUGGGAGGUGGAAGUGCAGGAGCAGUGAUAGCUUCGAGAUUAUCCGAAGUAUCCAAUUGGAGCGUAUUGUUAAUAGAGGCUGGUGAUAAUGAAAACGAAAUUUCUAACAUACCACUUUUCGCUGGCUACGGCCAAUUAUCUGAAUUAGAUUGGAAAUAUCAAACCAUGCCGUCAAUGACAUCAGCUUAUUGUCUCGCGAUGGUAGGAGACAGGUGUAAUUGGCCACGUGGAAAGGUUUUGGGUGGUAGCAGUGUCCUAAAUGCCAUGAUAUAUGUGCGCGGCAACAGAUUGGAUUACGACAAAUGGGCAAGAAUGGGUAAUACCGGCUGGAGUUACGAGGAAGUUCUUCCUUACUUUCUCAAGUCUGAGGAUAACAGAAACCCUUAUUUGCAAAGAUCACCUUACCAUAAAACGGGAGGCUACUUAACAAUACAGGAACCACCAUGGAGAUCACCAUUAUCGAUUGCCUUUUUACAAGCUGGACAAGAACUCGGUUAUGAAAAUCGUGAUAUCAAUGGUGAAAGUCAGACUGGUUUCAUGAUUAUGCAGGGUACGAUUCGCAGAGGAAGUCGUUGCUCGUCAGCUAAAGCUUUUCUAUGGCCAGUAAAGAACAGACGGAAUUUGCACAUAGCUUUGAAAGCUCAAGUAUUGAAAGUCCUCUUCAAUGCCGACAAGCGAGCUACAGGAAUAGAGUUCCUACGCGAUGGUUUAAAACAAACAGUUAGGGUAAGGAGAGAGAUCAUUCUGUCAGCUGGAGCGAUCAAUUCACCACAAUUGCUAAUGCUCUCAGGCAUAGGACCGAAAGAGCAUCUCAAGGAACUCGGUAUACCGGUAUUAUCUGAUCUUCGAGUAGGUGACAAUCUUCAGGACCAUGUUGGUCUCGGUGGAUUGAGCUUUACAGUGAACGAACCAAUUACUUUAAAAAGGGACCGUCUACAGACACUACCAAUAUUACUGAAUUAUGCAAUAUAUAACAAAGGGCCCCUGACUACUCCAGGAAUCGAAGCCUUGGCCUUUAUCAAUUCUAAAUACGCUGAUCCUUCUGGCGUUUAUCCGGACAUUCAAUUUCACUUUCUUCCAAGUUCCAUCAAUUCCGAUGGUGAAUCAGUAACCAAGUUUGUCGGACUAAGAGAUAGCGUUUAUAAUACGGUGUUCAAACCACUAAAAAAUGCUGACAGUUGGACAAUAUUACCACUUUUAUUGAAACCCAGAAGUUCAGGAUGGAUUCGCCUAAAAAGCAGAAAUCCUUUGACUCAUCCUGAUAUUAUUCCGAAUUAUUUCGCUCACAAAGAAGAUGUAGACAUCCUGAUAGACGGUAUACAAAUUGCUAUGGCUGUUUCAAACACAAGUGCCUUUCAAAGAUUUGGUUCGAGACCAUAUUCUAUUAAACUACCAGGCUGUCAAAAAUUUCCUUUCGCUACGUAUGAAUAUUGGGAGUGCGCUAUACGACAAUUUACCUUCACCAUGUAUCAUCCAGUGGGUACGUGUAAAAUGGGACCAAGAAACGAUCCAACAGCUGUCGUGGAUCCAAGAUUAAGAGUUUACGGCGUGAAAGGUUUACGAGUCGUUGAUGCUUCUAUAAUGCCUACCAUUGUUAAUGGAAAUACUAAUGCACCAGUUAUCAUGAUCGGCGAAAAAGCAAGCGAUAUUAUUAAAGAGGACUGGAAAUAUUAA